AAAAUCUGUUGUCUAUGUUAUGUGGUGGUUUUUGCUGAUUACUGUGAAUGAAAUUCCAUCCACUCCAUCGAUCUAUAUCUAAUAUUUGGCUGAAAUUCUGAUGAUAGUGUCAGAUUCAUCCCCCUCUGUGCUUGUGCCGGAGGCUUCUCCAAGUCCAUUGUUAGCUGCCAGUCCAAGUCAACUCAUGUUGGGGGUACCUCUAAAACAAAAACACCAUUCCUACCACCUGACGUUAAUUCAAGGUGUUGGCAUUGCAGUUACGCUGGUGGCCGUCAUCAUGCUGUUGUUUCUGAUAGUUCUCAUUCGCCAGAAAAGCAGAGAGCUAAAGGAUUCUGAGAGUAUGGAUAAGAAUCCUUCAAAACUUUUUCCUUCUCUUCGGCCCAUGAGAAAAAUUCAAGAAGGUGCUUCAUCAAUGUUCCGAAAAUACAGCUACAGGGAAACAAAGAAGGCCACUGAAAAUUUUAGCACUGUCGUUGGACGUGGAGGAUUUGGGACUGUGUACAAGGCUGAAUUUAGUGAUGGUUCAGUAGCAGCUGUUAAGCGGAUGGACAACAUUUCAGAGCAGGCAGAGGAUGAAUUUUGCAGAGAGAUAGAACUUCUUGCCAGGUUGCAUCAUCGUCAUCUUGUUGCUCUAAAAGGCUUUUGCAUUGAAAAGCAUGACAGGUUUCUCAUGUAUGAGUUUAUGGCAAAUGGGAACCUAAAGGAUCAUCUUCAUUCCCCAGGAAGGUCUCCUCUGAGUUGGGAGACCAGAAUCCAAAUUGCCAUUCAUGUUGCUAACGCUCUGGAGUACCUCCAUUUCUAUUGUGAUCCACCACUAUGUCAUAGAGACAUCAAAUCAAGCAACAUCUUAUUGGAUGAGAAUUUUGUUGCAAAGGUUGCAGAUUUUGGCCUUGCCCAUGCUUCAAAAGAUGGUUCAAUUUGCUUUGAACCAGUUAACACUGAUAUCAGGGGAACUCCAGGUUACAUGGAUCCUGAAUAUGUGGUCACUCAAGAGCUCACUGAGAAAAGUGAUAUCUACAGCUAUGGCGUGCUAUUGCUGGAAAUAGUGACUGCAAGGCGGGCAGUAGAAGAUGGCAAGAAUUUAGUAGAAUCAUCCCAGUUUUUCUUGGCAUCGGAGGCAAGAGUAACAGAGCUUGUAGACCCCCGAAUUAAGGAAUCCUUUGACUUAGACCAACUUCAGAUGGUUGUGACCAUUGUGAGAUGGUGCACCCAGAGAGAAGGCCGUUCUAGGCCUUCCAUCAAACAGGUUCUCCGGCUUUUGUAUGAGAGUUCAGACCCAAUGCAAAGUGGAUUUAUACAAGCUGUGGAAGAUGAAGAGUAUGAAGGAAAUGAAGGGAAGGGAAGAACUAGUAGAGGGAAAUCACAUAGGAGUGGGCCUAUUUUUCACAGUGGGGAUGCAAGAUAUCUUCCUUCUUCUUCAAGUACAUCUAGGUCAUAUUGUAGCAGAAGCUUUUUACUUGAGACUGGUUCACCGCAAUCUCCCCCAAAUAUGCUCUCCCUUUGAGGUAAUUCAUUUGUUCUCGAGAUGACAACCACUGGGGAGACUUGAGCCACUUAGACCAAGUCAUGGUUGAGAAUCAAAAGUCGUUCUUUUGUAGAGCAACCCAACAACUUUUGAGCUUAUAUGUAGAAAGGAAAACAAGACAGGAGAUGAAGAGAAGACAUGUUAAAAUUUUCCAUCUUCUGUUCUUAAAGUUUUUGGAGAAUUCUGGCAUAAAUGUUAUGUUCUUGGCCUGCAUUAUUGAAUUUGAAAGACUGGAAAUUGCCAGAAUUCGGUUAUGAGGACUAACCAUGUCUGCACUUGGAUAAGAAAAAGUACUGUAAAAUCACUGUAUCUUCUUUUAUCUCUUGAAGAUGUAGAUGAGUGAAAAUAAGGGGUAGAAUUUUGGAUUUCUGAAAGGAUUGGUUUUAGUUUGACAACUAGAUUUGCAUCUCUGUUAUUUAGAGUUAGAUUUUGGAUUUUGUGUGUAAGAACAUAAUUCUUUGUGACAUUUAAUCCCAGCAUGGAUUGUCUACCUUGUCAUGUAUCUUGUUUAGUCAUUUAGAGUCAGAUUUUUGGAGUAAAAAUAAGAUGAUUCU